AUGUCUGGGAUCAUGAGCACUCGCUGCCGCCAGGAGGCAAGAAAACUGCCGGUGUUCUCCUCAUCUGCCUCCCCUGACCUCACAUCACUGCCUGUGUGUGUUCAGGUUCUGGGUUAUUACAAUCGCCGUGGAAUAAACCCUGAGGCAUUUCUUAAAGAAAUCCAGUUCAUUGCCAGUGAUCCUGAUGAGGAGCAUUUCUUCGAAGUCACAGAUGAGUCUGCACUGAAGGAUAUUGUAGAUGCUCUUGGAGAAAGAAUUUUCUCUUUGGAAGGCAUUAGCAGUCAGGGUAAGGGGUUUGGUCUGCAGAUGGCUCAAGCUGGUUUCUCUUCACAUUUAGUCAAUGAUGGUGUUCUGCUUGGGGCAGUGGGUGCCUAUGACUGGAAUGGUGCAGUGCUAAAGGAAACUAAACGUGGUAAAGUUGUUUCACAAAAAUCCUCUUACAAAGAUGAGUUUCCAGAAGCUCUGAAGAACCACGCUGCUUAUUUGGGCUAUUCGGUGGAUGCCGUUAUUUCAUCUCGUGGCUCUCAGCUUUACAUAGCUGGAGCGCCAAGGUUCAACCACACUGGCAAGGUCAUUAUAUUCACCCUGAAGAACAAUGGAAACCUCACUAUCCUGCAGGCACUUCUGGGACAGCAGAUUGGUUCAUAUUUUGGCAGUGGGCUGUUAUCAAUGGACAUUGAUGGAAAUGGCUACACUGACUUUCUUUUGGUUGCAGCACCCAUGUAUUACAAUCAAGGCUGGGAAAGAGGAAGGGUUUACAUAUACUCUCUAUCAUCUGAGGCAUUCUUCACAUUUCAUGGAGUACUUGAAGUUCCCCACCAUUCUCAAAACUCUCGUCUGGGUUCAGCGCUGGCACAAAUAGCUGACAUGAAUGGAGAUGGCUAUAAGGAGCUUGUGGUGGGAGCGCCUCUAGAAGAUGACCAUCAGGGAGCUAUUUAUAUAUUUCAUAGCCAGAACAAGAUGAUUGGACCAUACUACAAACAGCGUAUUUCUGGAGCUGGUUUUUCUGCAGGCCUGCUGUACUUUGGUCAAAGUCUUCAUGGAGUUCUGGAUGUCAGUGGAGAUGGGCUUGUUGAUUUGGCUGCGGGAGCUCUAGGAGCUGCCGUCAUCAUCUGGUCCCGUGGCGUAGUGCGAAUUGAAGCCAAAAUGACUUUUGAACCAGAGAAGAUCAACAUCUUUAAUAAGAACUGUCAGCGUGGUGGGAAGGAGGUCACUUGCAUGUCACUUGUUGUCUGUCUGAAAUUGGACAGUAUGACAAAAAACAAGAAAGAUUACAGAAAGGAAGUUGCUGUUUGGUACAGUCUGGUUUUUGAUGAGAGGCGAUUUUCCCCCUGGGCAGUCCUGGAUGAAUCAUUCCGGCAGCAGCCCAGAACUCUUCUUCUACACACUGGGAAUCAGGAAUGCGAGCGCCUUGACUUUUCUGUGCAGGACAUAACAGAUUACAGGCGGCCUAUAGUGGUUGCUGUGGAGGCAGGACUUCAGAGCCAGGUCAAAGGGCCGGUGUUGGACCCAGACUGGCCAACCACCUUACGAACUGAGCUUCCAUUCUGGAAUGGAUGUGAGGAGGAUACCUGUACUCCUGACCUCAUCCUUCACAGUCGCACCGACCUGUUAAAUGUUCUGCAGUUCUGCAGCACAAGGAAACAUGCCACCUCCUCACUCUGCAGCCAUCGGAAGGGACAUGAAGAGAAAAUGUUUGUGGUUGAGACUGGACGGAGGAAGAUGAUUGUGUUUGCUGAGCUUCAGAACCAAGGGGAGAAUGCAUUCAGAACUUCACUUGACAUCUCUACAACCCCUAACCUUCUCUUCUCAAGUCUCUUAGUCAAGGACCAAUCAGAUAUCCAGAUUGAGUGUUCCACUGAGAAUAGGACGGCCUCCCAGAGAAGCUGUAACAUCAGUGCUCCAUUCAUGAGGUCAUUGUCGCAGGUGGGUUAAAUAUACUACUGGGAAAUCUACUGGGAAACUUGACAUGGCAUGGCUGCAUUAUAUAAUUAAAAUAAAUCUUACACUAGCCGGACAUCUGCUUAAUUUACUGAGCUUAUGUUAGCUUCCCCUGCCUGCUAGAGUCAAGACAGUCGAUCCUUGUUUUGUAGAAGCAUGUUACGGUAAUAGGUGCUUUGUGAGAUUCACAUAGUGUAUAACUUAAAUAGAACUUGUAAAGUUUUAUUUAUAUAAAUUUAACUCAUUUUUUUAUGGAAUUUGAAUUGAAUU